AUGCGAAUAUCAUUUGUCGUCCUGCUCAUCUACUUGUUCGAACUACAAACCGUCGUUUUUGCUGAAGGUUCGUGAGACUUUUAUUGGAUUUUUCACGCCCUGCUAAUGUUUGUUUAUUGGGGUGGUCAGUUGACCAAAACAGGAAAGCUAGAGAAGAGCUGUUAGAAAAAUAGGGAAGAGGAGGUGGAAUAUUUAAAAUUAGAUGGUUGAUAUUUUUGAGAACAUAAUUUUGUAUGGUCUGCGAAGCUCACACAAGGAUUGAAAAUUGGAGGGAAGAAUAUGCUGGGUUUUUUUCACAAUAAUUUUAUUUGAAGUGACAGUUUCCUAACACUUUUUUAUGUGAACGGUUUUUCAGAAUUUGGAAAUAAUAAUGUCAGUGGGAGGUGUUUUGUCUGUUGGUUCAUGAGGUAUAUCGAAGGUGUUUUCCUCGUCUAUAUACUGGAUUUUUCAGCUUUGUUUUUUUGAAAAAUCUUGCUUAAUUGCGCGAAAUUUUCGCAUGAACUGAUGUCACCUUUGAAAAGGCUCUUUGAUUCGCAACUAUUCUUUAUCAGGCUCUUUUUUUUGAAGACGUGAGCAAGCAAUUUUGCAAGAAAACUGUGAUUUCUUGCAUCGUUUCAAUUUGUCCUGUCCCAUGGCAACAGCCCUCUCGGACUGAGAUUAGACAGGAAGAGGACACUAACCCAUUUGGUUCGGAAGCGAUUCAAAGAAAAUUGGUCAUUGAGGGUCCGCGGCGGAUGAAGCUGGCAAUUGGGGUUCCGUGGGCUCUUCAUCGAGCCAAAUCGUGGACCUCAACGCCUCGCUCGACGCCUGAUUCGAUUACCGCGACAUGCCAUCUGGCAUCGGUGUCAUCGCCUUUUUCUCGUUGCCUUCCCUUUCGAGUAAUUCCAUUCUUGCACAUCUCGCGUGGCGGGACGUCCUCCACAGACAAAGGGCAAUAGUAGUCGUUUCGAGUUGAGAAAAUGAAGAGGAGAGGACCUCAGUGAGAGCUUCGCCGUCUGCAACGAAUUACGAUUUACUUCACGUUGCUCCGUGCAUUUGGUUGACAAAUUGGUUCGCCGUGCUCGGCGACAUGCAAAUCAUCGGAAAGUGACCUGUAGUUCUUGCAGGGCGUUCGGAAGGGAAUAGGAAACAUCUGGAGAGUAUGGGAGGUCUUUGGGUGGCUUGCAAAAUGUGUUCAGUGCUCAAGAACGCUCGCAUUAAUUUUUUUAAAAGCAAAAAAUUUUAUACAUUAAGAAAAAAACCGUCAAAAAUUUCAUAAGUAGCAUUGUUAAUGAUAAAGCAGUGAAUUAAAUCCGUUGUUUUUAAUUUUUUUGAUAGGCAUCCUUUUUCCGAAUAGACGUCGUUGAAGAGUCAGAGGAAAAACGAAAAUAUACAAAAAUCUUUGUGCAACAGAUUUUGAUGCGGAUUUUCGCUUCUUGGUGCUAGCAAAAGCGUUGGAAAAAAUAUUAAAACGGCUUGAUUAUGUUUUUAAUGGGGUGAUACUCACUUUUUGAGUUUUUUUAUACUGGAGCAUUUUUAAAUGCUUUCAAAUUUUAAAAAAUAACUCUUCUCAAAAGAAGAUCCUUUGAAAUUGUACCUUAUUCUUGGAUAAUCUCCAGUAAACCUUUGAACUUUUUUCAAAGAUGAACUGCGAAAGUUUAUUUUGGUGUUCGCUCGGCGCUAGUGCAAAAAGAUGAACAGUUGUUUGCACUUUCCGUUGCUAGCUAUACGUUGUGUGACAAAUUGGCUUCCAGAGAGCAAGAUUAAAAAGAGAAAGUUGGAAAACGAUUUAUUCCAUACGCUUGAGUGAUCCGACGUUGGUAUGAAAUUUGCAUAUAGAAACUGAUGGGAACGGCGGUAAAAUAUGUUGAGCGUUGUGUUGAAAGGCAUUCAUGGACGGCUCCCAGGGGACACCAUCGGGCUCUUCUUAUUAAUGAGCUGUCGACGUCGGGCCCGAAAAAUGGAACAUGCUUUAGGAAAAGCCAUUUUUCUUUUUUCGCCCGAGCUGUCUUCUGCUUCUUCCGAACGCAUUUUGCACUGACCACUGAGUAUUGGGAAAUUCCAUUUUGGUUUCGCUUUGUGUUAGCUGGGAGAAAGGGACUUGGCAUGAAUAAUACUUCUGCGAAUUGGAGCGUAGCUAGGAAGGUUGUGAAUACAGUCUAAAUACUAAUUUUAGUUGCAUCUCGAUGUUUUCUCGUGAUAACGAAAUCGCGAUUAUCCAAGUUUGAAGGUUUUUAUUAUCGUUACAGUAGAUUUUUAAAUACACUUCGGCUGCCAAACUAGCGGUAUACAAGGGAUACGUUUGAAAGGACAUUUUGAGACUUUCUCGAUUUCCGAAGACUUGGUUAAAAAAUUUUCGCGAUUUCAGAAUGUUUGCAAAUAAGUUUUUUCGCAGUAGGGCAUAGCUGUUUUCUCAAACAUUUCGAAACUUCAAUUUUUGUGACUUCUGGGUUUUCACACGUCUCUUCCUUAUAGAGAAUUAUUCUCCUAUAGUGAGAAGUGUUCUCAAUAAUUUUUAUUUUUAAAACCGCCGAUUUUGUUUCCAGGUGUCCUCAGUUGGAGACACACUUGACGAAGUGCAUUUCGCGUGCGCACACCUUGAAAUCUAAAUGAGAGCCCAGGGAAAAAUGAUGAAUGGAGUGCGGGUUGCAUGUCGUACAUGCUCUUGUGUUUGCCCUGCUAAUUGCAUACCAAUCUGCCUCCAGCGGCCAGCUGCUGGAAUCCGAAUGGAACAUGCGCCCUCCAUGUUUUAUUCCGUUGCCGCAUUUCCGGUCGGGAAUGAAAUUGGAGGAUGCUAAAGGGAAACUACUUGAUUGGCGCUCUCGUCAGAGAGAAGAGAUAUGUAUCUGUGCCUAUUGAGAAACUUCAUGAAACGUGGAAGUGUUUGAUUGGAAUGAAUGGAAUUUGGAGGAAACUUGAUCUAGAAGUUUUUCAAGACGUUGAAGCUUCUCAGCUUGCGAAUCCGUCGUAAUUAGCUGAUUUAUUGCGGCUGAGUGGGAUCAAAGGCGGCCGCGAUGGUCAUGCGCGCUCCCAUAUGUGUUGACCGCGAGCAAACAGGCGUUCCCCCGUUUUAUCGAAUUUUCCUUGGCAAGGGGUCUUGGAAAAGCCAGAAAGGCUAUUUUUCAAAAAUAAAAGAGAUUUGGUAACUAAAAAUCUUGAAAGAGACGAAAUAGUCUGAAUUUCACGAUAUUCAUUGAAAAUUCUUUGAAUUUGACUUGGAAGACUCUAAAAAUUUUUUCUUCAAAACCAAAUGAAGCGAGCUUGGCGAACACAACAAAUCAAAUUUUUAUAAGAUCUCAUUGCUUUCCGCGUUCGAAAAUGGGGCUUCUGCAGAUAAUUGAGGCUUCCAAAAUAUGAGGUCGAUCCUCCAAAUGAAAGGGUUCCGGCCUUAUUUUGCUCACGGUACGAAUUAUAAAAAACAGCCACCUGCGGAUUUUUAAAAAACCAUGGAUAGAUAUGGCUCAUAAAGUAUUUCCAAACUCUCAAACAGCAAAUCUAGUACUUUGUGGUGAACAAUAUCGAUGUGUAAAAAUUUGAUUUUACUGAAAUAUGGUCGGACAAACUUUGAAAAUAAAAAUUUGAGGGAAAUUUCAUGUUGAGAGGAUCUAACUCUUGAAAAAAAGUUUUAAACCGACUUGGAACUAUGAGAUAUUGAAGGAAACUUUUUCCAGAAACUGAAACUUUGGUCCCGGUUAUAAUCGAGCACCCAAUCGAUGUCGUUGUUUCAAGAGGAUCGCCAGCUACUCUCAACUGUGCGGCGAAACCGCCAGGCGCAAAAAUCACAUGGUUUGCACUGAUUAAUAAAACGAAGGUUGUGAUGGAUUUGUCGCAGGUUCAAAGACGGCCAGCCGGUGACAACGAACAAACAACAAGUGAACAGUCAUCGCAUCGUGCUCGACACCGGCGCUUUGUUCUUGCUCAAAGUGAACAGCGGUCUGUUCCUUUUUCAUCUUGUUUUGAGGGACUGUGACAAUUGAACUUGAAUAUGAAAAAGAACAUGUUUUGGAUUCAGAAUAUUGGGAGAAACAGAAAAAAUAAAAAAUGCAGGACUUCUCGGUAUUUUAAAAAAGGAUCACAAAAAGCUUGAAAAAGAUCUGAGCGACUCCAUACGAAAAUAAAAAAGCCGCAAGUGCGCUUUUUGCGGAGAAAAUGUUGCUUUUCAAUAAACUGUCUAUUGAAGAAGUUUGUGUACUUGGGAAUUUAUUGAAUUGGAGUGUGAGGAGUUUUUUGGCAAUUUUUAUCGUUCUAAUCUAUGUAAAUGCUCCAAAUGUCGAAAAAAAGUUUUUUUACUCAUAUUUUUUUCUAGAUCUAAGAAGAUUCAAAUAUUGUCGUCAUUAAAAUUCUGUUUCAAAAGUUUUUAAAGUUGCUUUCUGAGCUGCUUCAUUUGCAUAUGAGUUGGUAAGGUAAGAUUUUUCUCAGCUUCAAAAAAUUUUGAAGUUUUGAUUAUCCAGUUUCUCCUUCAAAAAUCAUAGGAAUUCAAUGAAUCCUUUCCCAGGAAUCAAUAAACUCAACGAUUUUCUUCAUUAUCCAUAAAAAAUAUCUCAUGAAUUCUCAUUUCCAGGCAAGAACGGCAAAGAUGGCGACGCUGGCGCGUACUACUGCGUGGCGACCAACGAGCACGGCGAGGCAAAAUCCAACGAAGGAUCUCUGAAACUGGCCAUGUUGCGCGACGACUUCCGAACACGGCCUCGAACCGUUCAGGUGUGUCCUUCGCUCCCUUUUUUUGCGCUCCAUUGAACGCUUCCUCCAAACAAUAGCCUUUUGCGUUCGCUCCGUGCAGGUGCUAUACAUCUUUUUCGGGAAAGCAGUAGGAGGGAAGGUGUUUUUUGGGAAGCGAAAGAAGUGGAUGUCUAGCAAAAAUGAGAUUUUUUCUUCCUGAACAAUUUUGAGCUGAUUAGCAAACUUUUCUCUAUCUUUGACUCAUCUCUAGGGACGAUGGAACUUAUUUUCCGGUUCUUAUCACAACGAAAGAUUUUCAAAAAGAAGACGUGAAUAUCGUUUAUUUUUUUCUUAAAAGAGCUCCGAAAAAAAGUUAGCUUCUGAAAAAAAUAGACAAAAAAAUAAUUUGAAAAAAAUCAGUAAAUAUUAAAAGAUUCAGCGUUUUUUUCUGACAAUUUGGAAUACAAAAAGUUUCCUUUCCAGGCUCUAGCCGGAGAAAAAGCCGUUUUGGAGUGCAGUCCACCACGCGGAUUCCCCGAACCUGUGGUCAGCUGGCGGAAAGACGACAAAGAAAUUAGAAUAUCUGAUUUGCCACGUUAUACUCUUCAUCCUGACGGGAACCUCAUUAUUGAACCGGUAACCACGAUUUUCUCAAAAAAAAAAAACCCUUUUUCGAUUUUCAGGUAAGCCAUGAAGACUCGGGUACGUUCCAAUGUGUUGCCUCGAAUAUGGUAGGAGAAAAAGUCUCAAGUCCUGCGAGGUUAAGCGUCUACGAGAAGCCGAAGUUCCUUGUAAGUUUUUUUUGUUUGAGCUGAUCUUUGAAGAUAAAGCUUUGAAAUUCGAUAUACUUGAAACAAAACCUGAACGUCAAAAAAUAACUCAGUGCAAACAAAAACUAGGUCGACGAGCAAAUGUCGAAAUUCGAACCAAAGGUGAUAUCUGAUAGUCGAACAAGAGAAAGAAUGUUUCAUGCAGGGUUUUUAAACUUUGAAAGCAAAAAGUGGUGUGGAAGGAAAAAGUUGGAAAAAAGUUGUUACUUCACUCGAUCGAAAAAAUUGAAAUUGGGAAUGAUGAAUCAUAAGCAGCUUUUGGAACUCAUGAAAUACCAACUCAAAAAUGAAGUUUGAGAAUCAAGAGCCUUAGCCUUGGAGUUUUGGUCUAUAUAAGCCAAAAAUUUCUGUAGGGAUCCCCUCUGCGAGAACUAUUUGGUAAGAACAAUCUCAAGCUUCUGUGUAUUGAUUUUUUUGCUUUUCCUCCUUGUUUUUUAAUUAAAAAUGAGAAAAUGGGCUGAAACAUGCCCAAGUUGUGGUUUUCAAAUUUAAAAUACUUUAGCUUACUUUUCCGUUUCUGAAAAUGCUUGUGUAGAAGGACGUUUUACAUUUUCAAUCUGAAUUUUUAAAGCCUAUUUUUGAACCAAUCUUGUCACUAGAUUAUCUCAUUGUAGUGCCAAUAAUACAUUCGAACAUUUCCAGCAAGAGCCAAAAGACAUGACUGUGGACGUCGGCGCUUCGGUGCUGUUCGACUGCCGCGUCGCCGGCGAGCCGAUGCCCCAAAUAACAUGGAAACGCAAGAACGAUCAGAUGCCGAUUGCGCGCGCCUACAUCGCCAAGGAUAAUCGGGGAUUACGGAUCGACAGGUCCGUUUUCUUCUCAAAUUACAAAAUUUUCUUGCGAUCGGCGAGUAUAUCCAAACAUAAUGAUUGGAGGGAUGAGUGUCAAAUUCUCGAUGGAUUGGUCCGAGACGAAGAUUGGGAGACGUGGAAAAAAAAGGGAUCUUCGUUUUUGUGUAUAUGAUAUAUCUUACUCUUCUACUGAUAAAGUCCGAAAUUUUUUCUUAUCUGAGAAUGAUAAAAAUCAGCUUUGAACAGGUGGAUAAAGAAAGACUUUCCCAAUGUUUUCCUAACUUGGUCCGCUUUCAAGAGGUCGCUGAGACCGGAAAAAUCUUUAAAAAAGGGAAAAUUGUUUUUCGUUUAUUUGAAACGAUGUUCAAAGGUUUUUGGUCAUUUCCUUACAAAUACAGUGCUACCUUUUAGAUCAAUAGAGUUUCUUUUUACUUUUUUGUUAACUUUCUUUGAAUUUUCCAGAAAGUAACCAGUUCUAAAUUUUUCCGUACGCUUUCUUGAUAAUCAAGAUCUAUUCUCAAUCUGUCCAUUUUCAGUACUUUACCAACGAAAUUCAGAAUAAAAAACCAUGCUAUCUCCUGAAAAAUUCCUGUACACAGCUGCUCGGGCUUUUUAUCUAAAAAGAAGCCGACCUCACUUUAUCUCUAACAAUAAGACGUUGUAAAUAACGCUACCAACCCCGGCUUGUUACCGUAUUCUGUAGAGACAGCAGAUGUUAUCUCAAACGGUUUGCGCGCAGAUUAUACACCCGACUCCGUUUUGUCAUACUCCUUUUGAUUGAAUACCGCUUUUGGGAUGUCGAAGAAAACACUAGAUUUCCUCGGAUCGUGCUGUUUCUUGCUGAGGUUGAGAAAAGAGGAGAGUAAUGAUUACUGUAGGAAAAAAGGGGUUUUGCGAAGUCCGAGAAUAGGAGUAGAGAUUGAAAAAAAAAACUUGGAAGUACAAAGAGCAAGAAGUUUUAUAACCUGAGGCGUUAAAUCAGUUCAGAAAGGGAAACAGUAAAGUCAUAAUGUUAAUUUUCUUGAUUACACUUUUGAAAUUCUCUCCAAUGUUUAAACAAUACAGAACCACACAGUCAUCGAAAAUUACAACAAACUUUGAUAAAAUGUGAAUAAUAUCCAACUUACCAAUAUGAUUCCAGGGUGCAAGCAACAGACGAAGGCGAAUACGUGUGCUACGCCAGAAAUCCUGCAGGACAAAUCGAAGCUUCCGCUCACUUGCGUGUCCAGGUAAGAACAUUAUUCUCUUCCAAAACCCACGAUUUUGUGAAUACUAUGUAGCGACGGAAAAUUAUGAUUGUACUUUGCAGGCUCCUCCGACGUUCCAAACGAAACCCGUCGACCAAUCUGUGCCUGCUGGUGGUUCGGCUCAUUUUGAGUGUGUACUUGUCGGACAGCCCAUUCCAGCUUAUUUUUGGAGUAAAGAAGGCCAUCAAGUGAGUUUUUUGGGGGAGGGGUUUUUGUUCAUAGAUUACCACAAAAUGAUAGGAUUAUUAAGCUGUAAAGUAAAAACUGUUGAAUUUUUGCGCUUUCGCAAUAGAGUUAAAAUCCGAUUUUUGAAAACUAUCUAUAAUUCAAAGAAACUCUGACACUACCUUCUACAAAGUAUGUCAUUUCCUGAGCCGAUUUGAACUUUUUUCUAGCAUUUUAGUAGUUCUUUUCUCAGAUCAGACUUGAAAAAAAUGAGUUUUUUUCAGGAUCUACUAUUCCCGAGCUACGUGUCGGCGGAUGGUCGGAUGAAAGUUUCGGCCAGUGGAACCCUGACGAUUGAAGACGUCAGACCCGUGGACGAAGGCGCGUACGUCUGCGCUGGCAUGAACGCUGCGGGCAGUUCUUUGAGCAAAGCGCUGCUGAAGGUCACUACAAAAGGUACGUCCCUCUUUCAAGUGACCAAUUGAAUUAGUCACAAUGCUGACAAAUGGCAAAAAAAACAAUGGGUGAAGAAGAAAACAGCUCCAAAGCUCGGUUUCCUUGGUUGCGUUUUUGAAUAAAUUAGGAGUGAGCUCAGGAAUCAGGGAUGCCGCGAAAAAUUUUAGGUUGGAGGGAAAAAUUUGUCAUAGAUGACUUUUGGUUUGAUUCACUUAUCGAAGAUUUCUGGACCUCAGAAAAAAGAUUGCCGAGAAGUAAAACGAGGUUUUAAGAAUAUGGAAAAAAUUUCUCCACAAGCUUAAUUUUUUUCAAAUCUGUAGCGUAUCAAAUGCAGUUUUCUGAUUUAAUUCAUAUAUUUUCAUGAAAUUCCUCAUUGACGCCGAAGUCGAUUCACUCUUACAGAAACUUCGAAUCUUAACUUUUUGGCCAUUUUAUCUAAUAUUCUUAUCGGAUAUCUGGGAAAAUUUAAAAACUUUUUUUAUUUUUGUAAAGACCCGAAAAAAAGUCAGGUUCUCUUGAAUGACGCUCAAAACCCGAUUUUUCCGAGCAUAUUGAAAAUUCUCAGAAUUUUGUAAAUCAUAAAAAAAGAGUUUCGGCAAGGUGAAAACUAAUUUUUCGAAAUUUAAAAUAACCUCUUCAAAGUCUGAGACGACGUUUUUUUUAAUUAUCGAUGAAGAAAGUUAAAAUGAGACAUAGUGAAAAAAAAUCCCCUCAAAAACUAGCUUUAGAAUAAAAUAGGAUAUGACAUUCCUGGUCAGAGCGACGGGAAGCGACGAAUAUUUAUAAACAUGACUCGUAACACCUAUCGAUCCGAUAGUUGAUAUAGCGAGGCGUUUGUGAACAUAAACAAAUCGAACAGACGUUUUGACCGACGUCCAUUCAUACGCGGCGAGCCACACGCUCUAUUGUGGCCCCGCAAUCGUAACCGUGCUCAAAAACUGUCGAAAAUGCGCCAAAACCAACGUAUUUUCCGGGUCGUUACAUUUUAUGGGCCGAUUGCCAUUUUUACAACAAAAAUUCGGCCUCGAAGGAUCUUUCGUUUGGAGAAAAAGUUCAGCUGUGCGUCUUCCCAUCUGCCAUUCGUAUCUCCGAAUUCACUAAAUUGGCUUCGUCAAGCAGAUUUCCUUUUCUAUAUGAUCCCAAUUUGAAGUGCAAUGAUGGUUCACGUUGAUUUUUCUCGAUAAUGAAGAAAAAUGGUUUGCAAACUUGUAAUCGUUUAUAUUUCUUAUUUUUUGGCUUCUCAAUGGUAUCGAAAUUUUAUUCUUAUUCCCCAUCUUGAAUAAAUCUGAUAGAACCUUCGAAAUUUUGAAAAAAAAUAAUGAAUUUAAACAAGAAUGAUGUUUUUUCUUUUGAAUAUCUCCAUCAAAAAAAGUGUUUAUUUUUGCUUCUCGUGAUGACUCAGAGUUAGGCAGACAUCACGAGAUAAGGAUUUGAUGCCAAUUUUAGAUUUUUCUUUUUUAAAAGUACUAUCUAGACUACUCUUUUCCUGCCUCUCUGCACUUUCUUGGUUUUCAAGAUUUUUGCUUUCUCUUCAAAAUUUUUUUUCCUUUGCAAAUCUUCCAAGGGAGGAAAUAAACGCAGACAAGCAAGACAUCUCAUUUUUGUAGACUAGGUCAGCCUAUCUAAUCGGUACCACUCCGAAAAAAGCUUCUAGGCCCAGCUCGACUCUAUCGAGAAUUUCUCAAUUUCUCACGCAAGGUGUCCAAAAUUAUUUAGCCACCCUCGGAGCUUGAUUUAUUAGGCUACAAUCUAUCAACCAACAGUUUGUCGCUUUUCGACCGUAUUAUCCCAAGACAGAGAAGCAGAUGGAUGCCAUUUGUCAGUGGUUGCGCCUCAUUGUCUUCGAGAUUCUUCGCCUCCGAGCACUUAUCCCGUGCCUCCUUUUAUGCACUGCGCACAAUUCUGUAUUGAUAGGCACGUCCGUGUUUCUCCCAGUUUCUAUUUUUGAGCUUUAGUUUGGAAGAUUUCUUAAAGAGUCUUGUUUUUCAAUUUUGAUGGCUUUUCUGAAAGAAAAACAAAAAUAGACAGAUGGGUGAGUCAUUCCUUUAUUUUUUCGACUUCUCAAAAUUUUCCUUCCAUCUCUCAGUUACAGCUUUCUGUUGUUUUUGAUAGAAAACAUCAGAAAUCUUCUACUUUUUGUAUGGUGAAAAAAAAAUCUUCUGAGUAGAAGUUAUGUCUAAAACCUGAUUAUUACCGAAAAUUGAAAUUUUCUUGUCUAACACUCAAAUUAUUUGGAAACUCCUUUAAAUUCCAGCUAACUCAUUGAAAUGAAAAAGUGUUUUCCGAGUGUUUAUUUUUCGUUCACUAUUUUCGUAACUUUUUUUGUUUUUUUUAAUCCAAACUUUCUUUCUGAAAAAACGUUUUCAUUGUUUUUUACCAGGAAUCUUGGUCGCCUCAAUAUUUUUAAAAAACUCGGAUUCUCAUUAUUAAGCUUUCCACUGUAGAUUUUCAGGUCCGUUUGAUUUAUUUUUUAAAAAAGAAGCACUGAAGUUUUUUUUUCUGUACCUUUUUUUUUCUUUAACCAGAGCCAUAGAAAAUAACUAUCUAUACCUUAAGUUACAUUACUGCCAGAAAUUGUUUUCGUCGUCUUUUCGACUGGAAAUAACGUUCGCAUCUAGGAAAACAACAAUUACCGUACGGCUUACUGAGCGAAUAUUGUGCCUACAAAUGGAAGGUGUCGAUUGUCACACUCUGGUGACAGUCGCGGCGAGUUUUGCCACCGGAUCUACUUUGGAUAUUUGCGCCAAGUAAUUACUCUUUUCGGCAUGAGCCGACUGACCUUGCAGCCGUCGGCAUUUCACUCGGAGCUCUCGGCCAGACCAUUUGUUAUUCUUUUGCAACGCCUUUUUCUCCCGAUGGGCUUUCUUCCGUUUUACGACGUCGCAUAGUUUAUUACUGCUCGCCGAGCUUUCACCCAAAAGUCCAGAUUAAGCAACUUUGAACAGAGUUCUUUUUUUUGUGACGGGUCGAUCAUAGGUUAAAGUAAUAUAAAAAUUGACGCGGGUUCGAGGGAACGCUUGCAUGCAAAUGAUGCAUUCCCUUCAAUAUAGAUUGGGUGGGUCGCAAAAAACUUUCGAAAAACUGACAGCUCGGCUAAAUGGGCAACAAGUUUUUCGGAGGUUUGGCCAGGGCGCGCAGCUGUGCCAUUUGAAACAUUCCAAUUCUGGUUAGCAUCUGCAAGUUUUUGGCGUAUUGUUAUCCUAUUCCAAUGACUUUUCGUCGUUUACAAACCACUGCGGCUGACAUUUGCUGACUCAUUCCGCGUUCACUCGCGAAUAAAGGUCUUCCUGUCUGUAGAAAAAUUUUUUUUCAAAAAUUGCUCGCAACGUUAUCUUCUUUUUUCUUCACCUAUAAAAUAUUCAUACGCGGAAAUUUUCGUCCAGUAAGCGGAUAGUUGUUUUCGGCUGUUGUCUGCUGUGCUAAUUAAGCCAUCGGGUGCGAAUUUUGCUUAGCCGACUACAUUUUUCGGCUUUCCCCAAUGCUUUUUUCACACGCUUUUAUCAUGCUCUCGCAUCUGAAUGCGUGAAGUGUCGCCAUUUCUUCACAAUGCUCCUCUCUCAUUUCUCAACGUAGCUUAAAGGAAUUCGUAUAAUUCAGGUUCGCGGCUAUUUUAACCUUUUUUGAAAAAAAAUCUUUACAUUUUAUUCCAUAGUAGUGGCAACAAAGUUACAUCAAUCUCAUAAAACGGACAAAAAGUGAAGAACGGCCGUCCUGAAACCGCAAACUUGUCUUCCGUGGCGCUUGCGGCUUCGGCGCUUUCAUCCUGCGCCGCAUCGUAGCCGCGAGAUGUAAUGUCCCUCCGCACACUUGUUUCCUCAGGACAUGUGUCCAUUUGCUCAGCGAAUAUCGUUAUUCCGGCCUUUUACUUCCCGUCCCAAACAACUUUAUCCACAACGCCAUUUUUUGCCUUCCGUUCGGUUAGCUUCAUUUUACUUCUGCUCAAAAUUCCCUCUUUAUUCCUAGACUUUCGAAUCUAUCGCUAUCCUAAUUUUGGGAAUAGUCUCAUUAUACAAACAGAAAGAAUAAAAAGGAUCUCGAAUUUUUGAGAAAUUGAAGAACAUUUUGCGAAUUGUUUUUUCUUCUUUUCGCCUGACCUUUGCAAUGUCAGCAGAAAAUCUAAUUUUUCGUCAGAAAAAUUUAAUUUUCGAGUUUAUUUUAUUCAAUUAUUCUCCAUGUUUUAGCUGGAAGCUGUGCUGAAACUUUGGACUUGAUAGGUCAAAACUUAUUCUUUUCUUUUUAGUCUUUUUUUUGCGUUUAGCCAAAACUAACCAAUUAGAAGUUGAAAUGUUUGUGGCGGAAAUUAGCCCCACGAGAAAAUCGGUCCAACGACGUCUCGCUUAAUGAUGCAAAAUGAAACUAGGCGUGUGUCCGUGUGGUCAUUUCACUGAGAUUCACGCCCAACACAUGCCAACUUCUGUCCUACUGCCGCAAAAUCAACUUGUCGCGCCUGAUUGCCUCAAAUCACCGUCUUCUUUCUCCAUCCUCUUCUCUUUUUUCUUCAAAUCUGUAGAUUUUAUCACUUGAAAACGUUUUAUGUUUUCUCAUGGGUCCAUUAGACUUGGCGAAAAAAGAUUGUUUUGUUUUGAUCUAUCGCGAUAAAAUGUCACCUCGGCGUGGUGUCCGCCCGCUUUUCUUCAUAUUUUCUGUUAGACGCGAUUCGCGCUUUGGCUUCCUUGUGAUGGUAUGAUUUUUCUCUUCUUUUUUUUGAACUGAUUUUUUUCUAGUUCUCUAUUUAUUUAAACACUUCGUGAUUCUUCAGAAUAAUCCAAACCGCCGUCGGUUCUUAUGGGACCGCCUGGCGGCAAAAAUGAUUUUCGGAUCGGUGUUCAGUCUCACAUCCGCGUUGAUGUGUGUUAAUGGGACGGAUUGCUCGCGUAAGUAAAUUGUAAUGAACUGGAAAAAGAGCUUUGGGGUGUUUUCUUCAAUAUAUUUUGCCAUGAAAUCGGAUUAUAAAGAAGGUGUUUUUAUUUCGGCUCUCAGCUUUUGGAAAAUAACUGAACUACUUUUGAACUUCUUUAUGAGGCUCCAAAAUUUUAAAAAUUUCAGGUUACUGAAAAAAGGUUUUCCAAAUGCCAAAACCCUUUUUACCACAAAAAUUGAGUUUCGUAUGCAUUGGCUUUUGAGGCCUGACUUUGAAAGUUGAUAAAAACCAAAAAAUGAGCUUUUUUGAUACGACCGAACUUUGCAAAACUCAGAAAAAGACGGAGUUCGCUUCUAGACAAAAAUAGGAACGGGGUCUAACUGAAGUCCUCUUCUUUCUAAUGAUAAAUUGCUUUCAGCCGCCACUGGGAACAGCCCUGCAAGACCGCCGCCUAUCAUAGAACAUGGACAUCAGAACCAAACGCUUCCAGUUGGAAGUUCGGCAAUCUUGCCGUGUCAGGUUCGUGAAAAUCGGAACUUCUUUGAAUAUCGAAGAUUAUUCAAGGCCAGCGGAAAGCCAGUCCCAAGAAUAAGUUGGACUCGCGAGAAUGAGCUUCUGGAUAUGAAGGACAACCGCUACAGUCAGCACUCCACAGGAAGCCUGCACAUUGCUGAACUCAGGUCUGUUACUUGAGAGUUUUAAUUGAACGGGAAAUAGAAUAUUCUAAAGCGAAAAAAACCUUAAUUGGGUACUUUUACAGGAAAUCUGAUACGGGAGUCUACACUUGCCGGGCGAAAAAUGAUGAGGGAGAGUCCACGUGGUCUGCGCCGCUUUUUGUGGAAGGUGACUUCGAAAAAUUCAAUUUUCACUGAAUCGAAAAAUAUGAAAAGAGGCCUGAAGCUCAUAAUUAAAAAAAAAUUUCCUCAAGUUUGAAUUUUUGGCAAGCGAUGAAUUCUCUCAAAAAAAUUAACAAACAUCCUUGAAAAAUACGAGAUAAAGUCAAGUGAGUAAUUUUUAGAUCACACCAGCACUGCCGCAAUCAUCCGAAUGCUCGAUCCGUCGCACUUUCCUGGAGCUCCUUCCCAGCCAACAAUUGUGAAUGUCACUGACAAAGAGGUGUGACUGAACUUUUGGCCGUCGUAAUCUAUAGUCAUUUAAUUUUUAGGUUGAACUGGAGUGGAAAGCGCCAAGCAAUACAGGUCCAACACCUAUCGUAGGAUAUUUCAUCCAGUACUACAGUCCUGAUAUCGGACAGGUAAAUUUUGGAAAAUCUGAAAAAAAAUAUAUUGAAGGUUGUGAAAAGAGUUUCAGAAAAGAUAGGUAGGUUCAGAGUAAAAUAGUCAUUAUUUAACAAAAACACAGAAUUUGUGGUUUACCUAAUUUCACAUAAAAUCUGACAUGUUCAUAAAACUCGUGCUUUUCAGACAUGGUACAAUAUACCGGACGUUGUGACCACGACGACUUUCCGCGUGAAAGGCCUGCAGCCGUCGCACUCCUACAUGUUCUUGACCCGGGCCGAGAACGAAAAGGGCAUUGGACCGCCGAGUGUUCCGUCGGCCCUCGUCACCACCAUGGCAAAGCCGCCUGACGGUGGGAUUAGUCUCUUUCAUCUCAUCCGAGUUCUUUAUAUAUUUCAGAUGGCUCCGGAAACCGCGAUGACGUCGAUAUUGAGAGGGCAGCCAAAAGGCUUACUUCCGAGCAACUGAUCAAGCUCGAGGAGGUAAAUCAUCUUGAAAAGAAUAUUUUUGGAGCUUCAGGCCAUAAACUUGAAAUAAUAUAUUUCUAUGAAAGGUUCAUUAAUUCCAUGAGCUUUUUGAGACUCUGCUAGCAUUUAAAUCGGGACUUUAGCAGCCAGUAAAUGUCCAUAAAGUAUGCAAGAAAACUCUUGUGCUAAACAAAGCAAAAACUUUUUUGCUUGAUUUCAACUUUUUGAACUACGAGUUAAAACAAAAUCUGUCUCAGCGAUAAUCGGACCCCUCUUUACAGGUCAAGACAAUCAACUCAACGGCUGUGCGGCUUUUCUGGAAGCGACGCAAAGUCGAGGACCUUGUUGAUGGUUAUUACAUCAAGUGGAGAGGACCUCCGAGAGCUCAAAACGAUCAAUACGUGAACGUCACUGGAGCUGCGACAGAAUCCUACGUCGUCGGCGGACUUUUGCCUUUCAUCAACUACGAGUUCUUCGUGAUUCCUUACCACCGAAGUGUGCAAGGAGCUCCCAGCAACUCAAUGGACGCUUUGACAGCUGAAGCGCGUGAGUAUUUUUUUAUCAGUUUAAAAGUUUUUCUGAAAUCAGCUUUUAUGAAAAAAUGUCAAUUUUCAGCUCCAUCAAUGCCACCAGAGGAUGUACACAUCCGAAUGCUCAAUCUUACAACUCUUCGCAUUUCUUGGAAGGCGCCAAAAAGCUGAAGGAAUCAACGGGAUUCUGAAAGGAUUCCAGGUUAGACCAAAAUAUCAAACAAAAUAUAUAAUAUGUUUUACAGAUCGUGAUCAUGGGAAAGGAUCAGAAGAACAAUAGAAACAUCACGACAAACGAAAGAGCAGCCAGUGUCACCCUGUUUCAUCUCGUUCCCAACAUGGCCUACAAAAUCCGAGUUGCUUCCAGAAGUAACGCCGGUGUUGGCGUUGCUCACGGAACAGACACUAUUGUCAUGAGUAUGUUGGAAAGGAAAAAUCCUUAAUAACUUUUGACUUCAGAUCAAGAGACGCUGGAGAAACAUUUGGCUCAAAAUGAGCCUGAGUCCUUCCUCUUCAGUUUCCUCAACCGUUCAAUGUACCCGGUUGUAAUUCUGGUAGCGCUGAUCCUCAUCAUCAUUGUGAUCAUUGUGGCCUUCUUUGUUCUGCGAAGCACAAGAAAGGCGGACGGCAAGGUUCGUUUUUCAUAAGUUGCAAGAUCAUGUCAACUUCUCUGGAAAGUAUGAUAUAAACUGCAUUUUUCAGGACCACGACUUCAUCAAAAUCAAUGACGGAGGCGUGCACCAGCUGAGUGGAAGCUCAUUCUGGGAUCCAGCCGUCAUGUAUGGCAACAAUGGACACCUCACUUUGAACAACAGGUAACUUUGAGCAUCUGAUGGAUUCUGAAAGCAAAUUUUCUCAGGAACGGAGGUCAUGCUCUUUACUCGCUGACUCCGAACGCCCAAGACUUCUAUGCUCGAGGAGACUACAACGGCACAACGAGAAGUACGCAGGAUCACCAAUAUCACUACGCCCAACUUGUAGGCGGACCAGCCAACCCUCUCUCCACGUUUAAUGGAAACCAGGUGUGUAUGAAGCAUUAUACUUGAAGGAAAAUCACGAAAAAAAAUAAUUAAUUUUUUCCAGUAUCAUGAUGAUCCGUCACCAUACGCCAUGACAACUUUGACAAUGUCAAACCAACAGCCGGCUUGGAUGUCUGAAAGUGCAAUGCAUGGACCGACGAUUCCAACAAAUCCUAUUCCUAAUGCUCCGCCUGCUAGGUAUGACCUGAACUUCCUGAAGAUCAAAAUUGAGGCUUUUUCAUUUUUAAACUCAGCAAUCAGAUCUGACGUUCAAGAAAGAAACUUGUGUCAAUCAAAAAAAAAAAUCAACAGAUAUGCUGAUCACACAACGGGACGACGGUCAAGAUCCAGCAGGACGUCGGACGGCAGAGCGACAAUUAACGGCGGGAUUCACACCAACGGGAGUCAAAGAUCCGACAGCCCUCCUCACACUGAUGUGAGCUACGUUCAGGUACUUUGAUAAGAUAGGAUAGUCAAAAACUCGGUUUUUUUCAUUUUCCUUCUAAGUUAGAAAUAGAUAACAAACACUUGCAUGCAAAAAUUUUGUUUGAACCGUUUUGAGUGUUUUUUCUGUUUAGUUGCACUCCUCUGAUGGCACCAACGGAAGCAUUAAGGACCGUGGACGUCGGACGCCGCCUCGCCAGACCUUGAUGGACUUUAUUCCCCCUCCUCCGUCUGGUCCACCACCACCUAGUAUCUACGACGUUUGUCAAUCCGGAGCUUGAUUUUCCUCAUAAUUAGGGUUUAGGCAGCCUUUCGGAGACAGCUCAACCGGAGCGGCACUCCUCGUGACGACACCUAUGAUUGCGUGACAGAUAACGCCGUUUUUGGAGUGAAUGGUCGUCCGACGAGUCGCAAUCGCACUAAUGGUAGGUUUUUUUCGAUUAGCGGUUGCCAGCGCAGGUGUAACUCGAAACUGCAAAAAUCGUUUUUUAGGUAUCCGCCCGCAGAAAGGGAACCGUGAUGACGACAGCCAGCGAUCUUCCUUAAUGAUGGACGAUGAUGGUAAUUGAUUUUCUCGUUCAAAUUUCUUCAUUCAUAAAGUUUGAAAAAAAGGAAAAUACUCAACUGUUUGUCGUUCUUUUGAAAGAUUCUUGUCUUUUGAAAACUGUCAAACAGUAUUUUUUUUAGGCGCGUCAUCAGAAGCAGACGCUGAAGUGUCUGACACGGACAUGCCAAAAGCGCGAAAGUCCGUUCCCCGUAUGGGCGUCUCCGCCAGUGCUCUCAAUCAAGGGAGCAACACUUCCGGACGCCGAUCUGGUCCUGCUGUGCAGGACUUCGAAGACUCUGGUCGUUCUACUUCCUCUCGUUUCAAAACGGCGCCUCGUGGCCUGAAGCAAGACCAACUGUGA